CGUUUUUCAUGGACUUGGAAUUCUCCAUAAACCAGAGGAUUUCUUCACCAUGGCGCUUCGAAAAAAGUCCCAUCAACGGUUUAUGAAACAGGGCACCUAGCGACUUUUCACCUCGCCUGCCACAUAGCCUCUAGCGCCAAGGGAUAAGGAGGUCAAUUGAGUCAGGCUUUUCCUCGACGAUCCUCAGCUGCGGAAUUUGUGGAUAUUGAUAGUGGCGCCAGAUGAAGCGAAAAGUGUAGUGGCAGAAACGGCGUCGCGACGGUGAAACUCUCUUGCAACAGGAACGACGACCAUCCGAUCGGUAUCUCGACGGCUUAUGUAUGAUCACCUUGGAAACGCGGCUGAUACCACACUCAGAUAUUGUUCUCAACCUUAGGGCAUAAGACCUGGGAUGAAACUUGUUGCAGGCUCUUUACGAUAAGUUUACCAGCCCUAUAACAGAAGUCACCCUGAGAUGCAAACAUCUUGGCGAAUGUUUGGGAACAGUAGUGAUGAUCAUCAUUACCACGCUGCUGUCAAAACACCUGAAGAAGAGUGACGCGGUUGACUAGGUGCGAAACAAGAUUCCAGAGCUGAUGUUCCAAAUCGGAAAGUUAAAAAAGUUUCCACGUUUGUUUUUCGUGACUGCCGAUGUCGGUAACAUUGCAUCUCGUCAAUCUUAUAACUUGUCUAUUGGUGAUAUGAUAAUAGAUCAGGAUGGCUGCGGCGUAGCCAGCUGAAAUCAGCUGAACAGCUAAAGCCUAGAAGGGAUGGCAUGAUCCUUUUCGACUUGUCUUGUCGUGACUUCAGCCAAAUACACAUGCAUUUUAAUAAUGGUUCUUUCAUAAGAUCCCACAAAGAUGGCAUCGCCAGAAACGACCGAGGCAGAGCAAGAGCUCUUCUUUGUCAGUCUCAACCAAGACAAACCAAUCACAGUGAUACUUUUACAUGGCCUACUUAACUCACACCUUGAGUGGUCCUACGUGAUUCCUUACGUAUCCGAUUAUCACAUCAUCGCCCCCGAUAUCAGCGGUCAUUCUCAAUCCCGCAGUAUUCUCCCUGCGAAUAUCUCCAGCUCCGCAGAGCGGGUGGCCGUGCUCAUCCGGCGACACGCACAUGGCGGCCGGGCCCACGUUGUCGGCCUCUCCAUGGGUGCUUUCAUCACUCUCCGUAUCAGCCGGCAACAUCCGGAGCUGGUCCUCUCUGCCAUUGUCACCGCGGGGCACCCCAUGGAGGGCCACUGGGCAUGGGUUGCCCGCUAUCCGAGCAUCACCUACUACGCUAUGUUAGUGCUUCUCGAACUGGUACCGACAUGGCUGUAUAUGCUCGUGGCUGUCAAAGGUCGCGGCAUGCGUCACCAUGAAGAACUACUAGAAGAGAUGCGACACAAUAGGAGAUGGGAAGUGAUUCGUGCUGUGGACACGGGACUGUUGGAGCUCAAAUGGGAAGAUAUCAGGAUGCUGCCAGUGAAGACGCUGGCGAUUGCGGCAGAAGGCAUUGACGAUGCUGAGGCGGUGAGGAGAAUGGGUAGGGAAAUGCCCGUCGAGGGUUCACUGGGUGCGGUAGUCAGAGGAGCAGUGCAUACAUGGAAUUUGCAAAAGCCAAAGCUAUUUUCUGAUGUAAUUAGAGCGUGGAUUGAGCAGAGCGCGUUGCCUGCAAGUUUGGAGAUCUUGAAGUGAAGUGGUUAAUUUGCUACCCUAUAUAGUCGCAUCUAGAGUGAAUACCUGGCUUUUGGCCUGAGCACCCAAUGAGAAGCAGGGCAUUGUUCGUGAAACCACAGGGUUCAGUUUUAGUAAUUGGAAUUAUGACGAUGGCCAAUGGCUGGAUAGUAGGUCCAGGACAAAGGAAGCUAUCCAC